AGAGGUAAUCAGUUCAAGAGAACACUAGACACUCAGAAAUUUACUUGAAGAGGAUUGAUACUAGCAGCUGUUCAUGGUGGUUUGCAUAAGACCUGAAAUCAAUCUGGUGAUGAAAAAUUUCACAUUGUUGGUGCCUGCGGAUCGUUCUGUAUAUUAUUUUUAAUUUUUCCUACUCUAAGAAGGUUUUGACUGAUGUCGCUUAACUUUAUAAUCUUCUGUAUCAUAUGAAUCAUCAUAUUGCUAGGUAGGGAAGACCCAGGAUCGUUCUUGGAUAUCAAGGCACUCAUGAAAAGUCGGCAGUUUAAGAACCAACAAUCAUGGAGAUAUUGGAUAUUGGACCCGUAGCGCCGCUUUCAGUUCUGUAAAAGCGUGUGCUUUUUGUUUCUGUGAGUGUUAUGCAGGGGGACACUGAGGUCAGCGUUAAAGGUAAGCUAAGAAUCAUCACCCUUCAGUUUAAUGGCCAGAUGACCGCUAUAUUACUUCCAACCGACGUAACCUACUGCAGUCUGAGGUUGUGUCUUUCUUUACACCAGUGGCAGAUAAAUUGAGAUUGAAAGACAGUCAGUCUAUUCAUAGGCCGCGUCUUGAUAUUGUUGAGGAAAAGCCACGGACUAGGACUAUAGUCGUCAGACUGAGCUCUCCGGGGAUGUCAGAAGGCGUACAAACGUUGGAUCACAAAAAUAGUGUGGACGUCAUCACUACAUUUCUACCGAUGGAAACUACGGCCAAGUCAUCAAUGAGCAGUUCUAUCGUUACAAAUGGGUCUGUGCCACACCAAGAGUUAGUACCUAAUAUUCUGCCUAAGGACACAAACACAAAAAGACCUUCAGUACCGUGUGUUUCAUCGAAUACAGCGAAUCGAAAGUCACUGUUUACUAAUUUGAUACGCAGACUUUCAACCCCGCGAAACAAAAUAUCUCGCACUAAUAAUUCUGUUCUGUUAACUAAGGGUGAGACAGGUAUGUCACGCAGCGACUCUGGAUCAAGCAAUCCUAGUCCACGAAAGUUACGUAGGUGGUUCACAAAGCGUAUGUGGAAAUCUGCAAAACUGUCUGAUCAACUUCAUGGAACACAGACCCAGUAUACACACUCCACAGUUGACGACUUAUCAGAGGAGUUGCAGUUGGUCACCCAGGACAUUGGAUCUGCUCCAGUCCCCCGUAAGCUCAUAUUCGCACCACAUCCAAUGAAAUCCCCCUCACCACAUUCACAAAAUGUUCGCGGUCAAAAUUCUAGUUAUAAAGUCGUAGCUCAAGAUACUGGCGUUGAUUACAACAUCCAUGUUUCCAUGCAAUCUGAACUUAAUAAUAUCAGAAUGGAUACUGAAGUCAAAAGUUCCCCAAACUGUUCACCAUCUUCUCUAUUUUGUACCACUGGCAUUCAUUCGCCGGUGACCAGUUCCCCACUACUUUCUGCUGUAACACGUGAAAAUAGUAUACGUUCUGUUGGAAACGAAAUUCAUCAUUUCGGAGUACCAUUUCACCAUGACAUAAAUAACAUUGAGCCAAAUAAUCUUCGUCGAUCAGAAGCGUUAAUUUCACAGUCUUGUGCAAAACUCCCACAAUCUGUAGCGUCCCAGUAUCGCACAUCUCCUUUGGCCGUAUGUAGCUAUACACCCAGUUAUCUCAGCGCAUCAGUGGCAGCGUUCGGUUACAGUAAAUAUUACUCAGCAUCAAAAUCAAUUCAUAAUCUAGUCCAUACGGAAACUUCUCCUUUAGUAAUUCAGCAUGCUGUUGGACAUAAGCUAUCCAUUGCCCGUUCUCAUAGUGGGACAUCAGAUAUUAAAAAUGAAGUAGUUACUUCUGCAAUUCCAAGUACAGUGACAAAUACUUUCGGUGAGAAAAAGUCGCGAGUUGUGGGAAAUAUGUGUGGAGAUGCUGGAUCUAUUUUUGAGGAUUCCCAAUCAUCUUGUCGUCGAACUGAGUCUGGUCGUGAUGGCGUUUGGAAUGGUAGCACAGAAAAUGUCAAGUUGAGAAGGAAGAGGACAACUAGUAACACCAAUAACACUGAUGAUCAAGAACAUUGGAAUCGAUCUUCACUCAUUAUGCUGGCAGUCGCUCAUGCUAGUCCUCGUGGUCGUGUUAUAACUCCCACAACUGCACUAAACAAACAUUUCUUUCCAAGCUUUUCAGAUUCCAUCACUGUUUAUAGCGAGGUAAAUAAGAGUAAGGGAGAGCUCAAUACUUCAAUACAACAUAAAACGGAAUUAGUUGAUACACUCAGUAGCAGCACUGAACUAUCAUUUGAAGGAAAUUCAUCUGUAAUAAUUAAUUCUAUCAAAGACAAGCAGUCACUCAAUACUGAUUAUACAACGUCGUCAAAUCAAUCAGAAAUUAAAGUAGAUGGGAAUUUUUAUCUUCAACAAGUAGAUCAAACAGAGAAAGAAUUAUUAAAUAAAGUUUGUGAAAUUGAAACUGAUCUUAAUAAUGAAGUUGAUUUGAAUGAUGAAGUUUCUGGUCUUUUACGAACUGCUUCUGGCAAAGCGAGACUACUGAUUUCUGAGAAGUUUUGUCAAUUUCGUGCCUUAUGCCAUCAAAACCUUGCCUGGGAGAAUUCGAAAACAGUUGGGGUUGACAACAAUUUCGUAAAUGAGCCCAAUACAUUAGUCACUUUGGUUAGUGAUUUGGAUGGUUUCUGGGCGAUGGUAUCACUUCAAGUAGAUGACAUUCGUGGUUUAUUCAAACAAGUGGAUUCUUUACGGGCUAACAAUUGGCAACCGGUUGAUAACUCACUAUCUGCUACGCAAAAUAUCUCAGUAGGUGACUCCAUUUCAUCAGACAAACGAAAGUUAAAUCGUAAAGUUACUAAAUCCACUGUAGCUAAACAAAACAAUAUGAUUGCUAGACAACAGGCUCGUGAACGUCUUGAACUCGCUAAACGUAAUAUGCAGUUAAAGAAUUUGAAUAAUUCACAUGAUGAUAAGUCAACAUUAAGUAUAACUGAAAAUAAGCUUAUAUUUGUAUAGAAUUUUUAUAAGAUGUAUAUCCUUUAUUUCAAUAUUUGUAAACUAAUUUUUUUCUAAAGAAAUACGGCAACAGUUAAAAUGAAAUUGAAGUUAUUUUACUGCAAUAUAAGUUACGGAUUUCGUUGUAUUGUUUAAAGUAUUAUGGUUUUCUUUUUCGAGCGUUAUCUCCCGCUUUUUUUCAACGAAUCCCUCUCUAUAUAUACUUUACAUGUAUUUAUGUUCUUUUCAUUUCCCUAGUUCCCUUAUUUAUUCAUGUUAAAGAUAUGAAUUAAAUAAUCAGUAGUGAAACAAACUUGUUAAUUAAACAAAUUUAUUUGCUGUUCACCUAUAUUCUAGAAGCAGCUUUAUAUCUCUUUUCCUAUCCUGUCAUGUUCGUUAUAUGAGAUUGCCCUUCAUUAUUUUUCAUUGUUCUAAUUGUUGAACAUGAUUAGUUUCAUGCAAUUGUUCAUUGUAUAUUCAAAGUUUGUUUUACAAAAUAAUCUUGCCAGUUUUCACCACUUAUUGAUUACUUCCAGAUGGAACAAGAACAAAUAAUAAACAUUUAAGCAUUUCAACACUGUUGUAUUCAGGAGCUGUUUUUUUAUACUAAGCAAAGCAUUUUUUCAUAUUUUAUACGUUUUUUUUAAAAAUUAUCCCUAUGUUUGAUAAAUAGGUGUGUAUAAAGAAUAUUAUUAAUGUUAUUAUUACUAUAUGC